AUGGACAAUUUGGUCCGCGGCGGGUUCCAGCCGCGCCUUCCGACUUCGCUGCCGCCCCCAGGGCAGCAGCAGCAGCCGUCGCCGCUACCACGCCGACAGCCCGUCCCGUUGAUGCAUCCCGCGCAGCUUCAUCCGGGAGCGCCCCAGGUGGUCGCUCCGGCGCCUGCGGUCCCUCUUCAGUCGCCACCGCCUUCGGAGCUGAUGGACGUCGACCCCUCAGCCGGGCCGCCUUCCCAAGCGGUGGCUGUGCAGCCUGUCCUGCAGCCGCUUUCCUUGGGCACCCCCAAGGAGUCUGACAUCGCAGCGCCUUGUCCGGCGCCCACUCAGCAGCCGUCGACGCAGCGUCAGGAGACGCUGCCUCUCUUCGUGGGUCCCGACGCCCCGUCGCGUCCAGUACCAGAAGCUGCGCCCGUGGUCACAGGCAGGUACCUGGAUACUGGAGUGGCAGCUGAGGGACGGGGCAGAGGGCGGCUCACUGCUGCAGAGAGACGCUGCGGGGCUUCUGAACAUUUGCCUCAGGCGGUACAGGUGUGCGUUGUCCCACUCGUCGAAUUCCGCUCACUCCGCGGUUACGUCACUCUGCCUUACUGCGGACGCACCCCCGUUGCCCGUGACCCAGUUGCGACGGCAAAGGCGAGGCACUCUACGUCAGCAGUGAACUCUUCGAUGACGACGGCGCGCCGGCUGCCGGUGACAAGUGACUGGCACCACGCCGACCUGCUCCGCGCGACGGCGAAUACUGGUGUGCCGAUGUUGUCUACAGCACGAGACCAGCUGCUACCGGGCAGGGAUCGAACCUCUGUUCUGCCCAUCUACCGGGUGUCGUACCUGUGGAAUAAUAUGAUGAGGCUCGUGGUGACGCUGGCGGCUGCUCUGGCCAUCAGCCUGGUCACAGGGAAAAGGGACCUCGCCUCCGUGGACAAGAGUCUGGUGACGCCUCUGAUGCGGUGGGUGCUGCCCAAGGGCCGGAGGGCGUCCGCCACCAGGGUGGACCGCGUGCGUAGCAGCAUCUCCACGUACGAAGGCUACAAGGUGAGCCAGCACCAGUGGUGGGCCAGCAAGUGCGUCCCGGCUGUCAAGAUGCAAGUUAUAUUCACAAACGAACAAAAGAAGAAGGAGGAAUCUUGA